UGAAGGUAACCAAUCAAAUAAAUGAUAACCAAAAAAAACAUAGUUUUCAAUUGGCCUAAUUCGAAGAGCCUGAUCAUCAGUCGACUUCUAGUAAAAACGAAAUCCACUAGGUGGCGCUAUUGGGAAAAGGCUAAUCGCUUUAGAUCACGGUCUGGUUCGGGUUCUCGCGGUACGUUUAGCUUGUCGUGGCUACCACGUCAAGUGGAGACUUGAGAGCGUUGGAUCAUGGCGGAGCGCAGGAAGCAUAAGAAGCGAAUUCAGGAGGUCAGUGAGCCCACCAAGGAGGAGAAGGCGGUGGCAAAGUACUUGCGUUUCAACUGCCCCACCAAAUCCACCAACAUGAUGGGACACCGCGUGGACUACUUCAUUGCCUCCAAAGCUGUGGACUCUCUGAUGGACUCCAAGUGGGCAAAGUCAAAGAAGGGGGAGGAGGCCUUGUUCACAACCAGAGACUCGGUGGUUGACUACUGCAACAGAUUACUGAAGAAACAGUUCUUUCACCGGGCCCUGAAAGUCAUGAAGAAGAAACCAGAGAAGGAAGUCAAGAAAGAGAAGGAGCGAGAAAAAGAAAAGGAGAAGGAGAAAGAGAAGGAGAAGGAGAAGGAGAAGGCCAAAGGAGACAGUGGUAAAGAGGAGGAGAAGAAGGGCAAGAAGGAGAAGAAGAAAGAUUCCGAGGCAGAGUCCAAAAAGGAGAAGAAUGAGGAUAGUCCAGGCUCGCCGAAGAAGAAGAAGGAUGUCAAGAAGAAGUUCAAACUGGAGCCCCAUGAGGAUCAACUGUUCUUGGACGGUAAUGAGGUGUUCGUGUGGAUUUAUGACCCAGUGCAUUUUAAAACGUUUGCCAUGGGACUCAUACUGGUUAUCGCUGUGAUCGCUGCCACACUGUUCCCUCUGUGGCCUGCGGAGAUGCGAGUCGGGGUGUACUACCUGAGCGUGGCUGCAGGCUGCUUCGUGGCCAGCAUACUCCUCCUGGCAGUGGCUCGCUGCAUCCUGUUCCUGCUCAUCUGGCUGGUGACGGGCGGUCGGCACCACUUCUGGUUCCUGCCCAACCUGACGGCCGACGUGGGCUUCAUCGACUCUUUCCGCCCGCUCUACACGCACGAGUACAAGGGCCCGCGCGGCUCCAAGAAGAGCCUCGGCGACGGCAAAGCCCUGGACGGCACCAAUGCGAACAAAUCAGACAGCGACGAGAAGUCGGACAGCGAGAAGAGGGACGAGGAGGACGAAGACGAGGAGGAUAGCAAGGAGGCAGAGGGCGGCGGCGAUGGCGAGGGUGGUGACGUGGCAGAGGGCGAGGGCCUGGCAGCGGAGCGGCACUCAGACACAGACAGCGAGCGGAGGGAAGACGAGGGCUCGCAACACAGCAACGGCAACGACUUUGAGAUGAUCACCCGCGAGGAGCUGGAGCAGCAUACGGAGGAAGAGGAGGAGGAGGUGGAGGAGGCAGCCAGGGAGGAGGAGGAGGCGGCAGCCAAUCUUCCAAACCAAGAAUAA